AUCAUGAAGUGUUCUCCAGUGCGCUCACUCUUUCUCUGUGUCAGUAUCAUCACUCCAUCUCUGAGACGCUGUCUCCAGCCUGCUUACUUUGUCAUAUUUCUCAUUCAAGCUUACCAUGAGUGAAAUAUUUUCUCUUUAUAUCCAUGGAGCUUUGGCAAAAUUAAAUAAAAGUGCAGCCUGCCUUUGUUCGGAUAUCUUUUUAAAUAUUAACAAGUUGUCAUGUCAUCUCUGACUGGAAGAGGAGAGAGAUUUCCUGCCUCGGUCAGAGGAACACACUGGAGCUCAGAAGUGCAGCAUCACUGUGAGCCCGUCGGCUUUUCUGCAAGUAUUAACGGGAAAAACUGCCAGCCCAAGCAGCGCCCUACUCCUGAGGGUGCCGGGGGGACCAAGGGCGACCCACAUCGGAAUAUGUGCCAGAGAGCAGACGCUGUCCCGUCUUACAAGUCCCUCCCUGGAACCUUGGGAGACCGCAUCAGGAGUACCAUGUCCUCCGGUAGUGGGACUAUAUGUAGGGGCACUAUGUUGGCGAAUCCUGGCUUUGGGAGGUGUGAGAGGAAAGUUGCGUGUUGCGAGAAGUGCUCAGCGACUCUCGUUGCUCUGAAGAAGCAAGCUCUGAGCCUGGCUGUCCACCAUCACUUCUCCUGCAAGGACUCUGGUGACCUGUCUGUGUUUCUUCAUGACAACCUUCGCGUCCAUAGUCGGUCCACCAAUGAGCCCAGGGACAGAGAGAGGGAGCAGGGCGAGUGUGGAGCCUGCGGUCUAAACCUGAAUCAGCUCAAACAAGAGGCCAUCCACUUGGCUCUGAGCAGGGGUCAGUCAUUAGCUAAGCCUCCCUUUGAACACAGCUUUAGCACUGGUACACUGCUGGGACAAAGUGAGACAAAGCAUGGGGAAAGGGCUCCAAGGGAAGCGGCCACGGCUGUGCAUCAAUCGCGCAGUCGCACCCACAGUCCUCACAGCCCGAGAAGCCCGAGGACGCCUCAGAGGACCCCUCAAACCCUCAGACGGAGGGGGCCCAAGCUCCCUAACCCUGAUAUGGACCGCUGGGUAGAGGAGCAGCAGCAGAUGGUCGCUUCUAAAUCUGUGUCCAGCACUGAUGGUCACACCAUCUACCCUCACCAUCAGGCAGCAGAUGAUGCCGCUUUGGGCUGUGGCGACGCUGGGAUCGUACAGACUAGCUCAAAGAUCCCUCACAUUGCCAGAGUGGUGACCAUCGCCAACACUGCUGCUAUGUCCCUUUUAGCCAGGGCGGCCGAGAAGCUCAACCUGACGUUGAGGAAAAAAGGCCAGGCUUCUGAUCCAGCUCCCGCUCAUUUCUCCACCUGCUUCAGGGAGCUGAUCCAGAAAAACCCACCGCCCGUCCCCUCCUGCCUGCUCCAAGCUGCCACUAGAACCAAAGACUCGCCCAAUGUUGGCAAGGUCAAAGUCGUGCUGAGGGUGAGUCCAACACUAUCAGUGGGCCAAGGCCAACCACCUGUUCUCCGGAUUGACCCGUCCAAGAAAAGAGUCACCAUAAUGGAACCAGUCAGCAAAAGCAAACCACACGCUACAAUGACACUAGACAGGACUGGCAAAAGUCUUCUGAAGACAUUCAACAUUGACGCUGUCUAUCCUCAAGAGUCAAGCCAGGCCGAGGUGAGUGCAGGCGUCUUGGCUGAUGUCAUCCGCUGCGUGCUCAGCGGCAGCGAUGGAUGUGUCCUGGGUUUGGGAUGUGCUGAUGUGGGCUCCUGGUCCAGCAUGGUGGGGAGCGGUGAGAGCAUCCAGAAGCUCGGGCUGAUUCCCUGUGCCAUCUCCUGGCUGUACAGUGCCAUCGAGCGCCGGAGGGAGAAGACCUGGACCGAUCUGACUGUAUCCGUGUCUGCUAUAGAGCUUUGCUGUGGAGAGGAGGACACACUAAGGGAUCUGCUGGGGGAGGUUGUCCCCUCAUUAGGCAGUAUCCAGGACAGCCCAAAAGCCCAUAUUAGACUCCAAGAGGACCCCGUCUAUGGGAUUCAGCUACGUAACCACAACCGGGUGAAGGCCCCCACUGCUGAGCGGGCUGCUUCACUCCUGGAUGCGGCCAUUGCAGCACGGAGACACAGUGACUUUGUUACAUACCUGUCCCACAGCUCCAUAAUGUUCUUCACUCUCCACGUCCAGCCCCCUCGUACAGAAAGCAGCACCAUUGGCAAAGGUUCACGUGGCCCCACUAAGUUGACCAUGAUAGAUGUAUGUAGUGGUAUGAGGGGUAUAAACAAAAAUAAACCUCCAUAUUCUGAACUGGGCCCUGUUGUCCUGUCUCUUCUAAGUGGACAUAAAACCACCCCCAACAAGGGAAGUAAGUUGACUAUGCUCCUUCGAGAAUCCUUGGGCCAUGUAAACUGCCAUACCACAGUGAUGGCUGAGGUUGCUGAUUCUCUGGCUCACCUUCAAGAGACCUUAUCAACCAUCCAGCUGGCUUCUCGCAUCCGCAGGACGCAGAAGAGGACGAAGCAGUCCACCUCAUGUUCUCCGUCCGGGAGGAGUUUGACUAAAGAUUAUGAGAGAGGACCUCAGUCUUUGUCCCUGAGGGCAUUCCACUCCACUGAUGAGGUGGAUGCUGACAUCCCUCGUUUCCGUUUGCGUGGCGAACUGGAUGAGCGCUCCAGUAGUGACCAGUCCUGUGACACAGUCAUCCAACUAGACUCCGAUGGCUUGGUCCAGUCCAAAACAACCUCAAGACUGGCACAACCUGAAUUUGUGCCCAUCAUACCCUCUUUGCAUCCUAACAAGGCUGACAUGGACGACCCAGAGUUUACUGCUCUGCUCCAAGAGCUUCUGAGAAUUCCUCAGCUGCAGGCAGAGAAGAAGUCUGAGGAAACUGUUCAAGGGAAUACUGAAGUGCUGAAAGCAGACAUAAAGAAACCAGGGAGGGACUGUCUUAAAUGUGACACAUUUGCUGAACUUCAAGAGCGCCUGGGCUGUAUCGAUGGAAGUGAGACAACAAUGGAUGUGCUCAAGUCUUCCUUAAAAGGGCCACCUGUUAACAAUGUCACAACCAAUUCACAACCCCAGAAAGAAACAAGGAAACAGGCAGACAGCGAAUCAUCAGAAACACCACAGACAUUUUUGAAUCAGGGGUUAGGUUGCAGUCAGACCUCUGUUGUAGAAAAGCAAACAGAUGGCACCUUCCCCGGAGACAGUUUUCAGAGAGAAGAUUCGGGUCUGUAUGACUGCGAGGAGUGCAGUGCAACCAGUUCCAGUGAGGAACUGCUGAAUCAAACUCACAGUCUUAACAAGACCAGUCACUCUGAGCUCCCCAAAAAUGGCCCUCUUAAGUCAGAUGAUAAGCUCUUUUCUCAAGACAUUAAUGUUGGUGCUCAGGGCAUGGCCAUCACCAGUUCCCUUGCACCUACAGGUAAACAGGGGAGUCCUGAAGCUGCUGAUUGGUUCAAACCAGACAAAAGGACCUCACCAGUUGGCAAGAGCUCCCCCAUAUCUCCUUCCUCCUCCUGUUCCUCUUCACACUCCUUGGCUACCAGUGUUAUAGAUGUCUUACCUAAUCAGCCCAUAGAGGACAUCAAGGAAAUGAAGGCCACUAUCACAGUAACUGUUCAACAGCCACUGGACCUGAAAGGUCAAGAUGAACUUGUCUUCUCCAUGGUGGAGGAGGUGACCAUCAGUGGAGCAUUGAACAGAGGGAGGACGGGUGGAAACAUUAUUUGUAUCAGAGAUACUGCCCAAUCACAGGGUCAUGUUCAAGGCUCUGCUAGCUCUCAACCGAUCAGGAUAAUCAGCAAUGUCAGCGAAGAAUCUGUAGCUGCAGGUUCCUCUAAUACAAACAAAAACUCUACAGAGGCUAAAACUGAAAAUCCCCAGUAUCAAUUCAGGAGGGAAAAGAAGUUCUUACCUUCCUUUAUAAAUCCCAUGCUGAUUAAUACAGAUAUGGACUGUGAGUUGGAUGGUGCAAAAGAAAAACAAAGUCCUAUUGACACUUUUACAGGUGCCAAGUCGUGGUCUGAGCUCAGAGGGAGCAAUGUCAAAUGUCCAGAUGAUAGGAAGGCUCCUGAGAAGAGGACCGGGGCGUGUGCAUCUGAGACACAUGACAAAAAGUCUGACAAAGUAUGUGACUCGUCGUAUGACCCAGUGGUUUUGGAAGAUUCAGCUUUCUGUGACGAAACUGCUGAAAACAAAAUGUGUGGAAAGAGACAGAGAAAUAAAGACAAGAGCCACUCUAGAGACAGGGAGCAUGUUUGUUCCACUAACACUCCAAGGGGCUCAGAAGGGGGAGAAAUCUGUUCCAGACGUGUUGGGAAUGCCCUCAAGAGAAUUGGUGCUUCACCUGGUUGCCAAGAAACCGCCCCUGCUUCCUUUAAAGCUGGUAGUUUGCCUAGAGGUUGGCAAAAUGCCAGCCACCAGGACAGCUACCAUGGCGGUUACAUGACAGACGACCACAGAGACCCAAGGGGGGUGACAUCAUCCACCCCAUGUAGCCCAAGGGUAACUUUGGAGAGGAGGCAGGGCAGACAGCACUCCCCAGCGAACCACAGCCUCCGUGUGUCCUCUCCUCGGAAAUAUGGAGCAGAAUACAAACAGCACUCUAGUAGUGCUCCCAGAAAGAGUAUUGAAUCUUUGUUUGAGACCUCAAGUACAAGGAUGAAACAUGAUCACAUGAGUGGGAGGCCAAAGUCACCCAUUGAGGACAGCAGCAGGCUUUUCAGUGCCAAAUUGGAGCAGCUGGCUACCAGGACUAAUUCCCUUGGUAGAACCCCAAGGGACUUCCCAACUCUGGAUAGAGAUAGUAGUAAUAACUCUAUGAGCUCUAAGGGAAGCUCUAAGGGAAGUACUGACGGUGCUUGUAAGGGAGGUUAUAAAGGACGUAAUGAGGGAGAUUGUACCUUACCAAGGGCUAGCCGCAGCCCCAGGAAGAAUCCUCGGUCUGAUCAGAGUCAUCACUUCUUUCCCUCUGAAGACCCUUUAACUCAGUCUGCUAGGCAUACCCAUUCCAAGCUCUCUGCUGUGGGGAAACUUAAGAUGGCUAGCCCUAAAGUCCGUCGCCUGUCUGCCCCCAGUAUCAAGAACCUCAGUCUCCCCCACAAAGGCCUGCGGCAGUCCAUUAACCGCAGCGCCAGUCUUUCCCCAGAUGGCAAAACUGUUAGCUUUGAGCGGACAUCCUCCUUUCUUUCCUCUUCCCCUCCACGGUCGUUUCACUCCAUCAGUCGAACUCCGAGCCAGAGCUCCACAUGCUCAUCCACGAAAUCUGUCAUCCAGGGGUUUGUCAAUGGCCGGAUCUCAGACCUCCUUAAGGAAAGGGCCUCCAGCCCCACUUCAGGAGGACUGGACCACAUGAUAACAGUUCCCUCACCAUACAGCCGGGUGACUGCUCCCCGCACACCUGAUCACCUGAGUGGGCAUGCGAGUGACACCACUAGUGUGUUGAGUGGAGAUUUACCACCAGCUAUGGGGAAGACAUCCCUGCAUUUCUCCAACAGGAACAGUUUGGUGAGCAGUGGAUAUGAUAGCAUGGUAAGGGACAGUGAAGCCACAGGCAGUAGCACUUCAACCAGAGAUUCUGUCAGCGACAGGAGCGGCUCCCUCCUCAGUGUAGCUCGCAGCAGCCGAUCAUCUCGGAGGAGAGGCAACACAGGUACUCACCAGCGUCGUCUUUCCCAUGAUACACCCCUGUCCCUGAGACGCUCGACUAGUGGUCUGCGGUCUCGCUGGGUGGAUCGGGGAAUCCCAGAGGCCUACGAGAUCAAGGUCUAUGAGAUCGACAAUGUGCAGAGGAUGCAGAAAAGAGCAGGUGCUGGCAAACAGGGGCCUGCAUGCUUCAGUGCCAAGCUGAAGUUUCUGGAGCACCGUCAGCAGAGGAUCUCAGAGGUCCGGGCCAAAUACAGCCACCUGAGGAGAGAGCUAGAGCAGGCCAAACACAACCUCAUGCUGGAGCCCGCCAAGUGGAACCAAGAGUUCGACCUGUGGCAGACCUUCGAGGUGGACUCCCUGGAGCAUCUGGAGGCCCUUGAAGUGGUGACGGCUCGGCUGGAGAACAGGCUCAACCUCUGCAAGGCCAACGUCAUGAUGGUCACCUGCUUUGACGCGGCCACCAGGAGGAGGCAAAAGAAGCGCCGGCGAAAACUGCCAGAGCAGAGAGCCUCGAAGGGAAUCCGAGCUGAAUUCUAGUGAGAAGUGAAACAUGGUUAAAUGGGAGUUAAGGACUCUUAUGUUGUAUGUAUCUAGUACACCUGCUACCUAUCACUGUUAUUUUGUGGAUGAUGAAUUCAAAAUGUGUACAUCCGACACACACUUUAACUUAAUUCAAAUGUUGUGUUCUUAACUACCGUGUUACCUCUGGUCCCUUUAAAUUAACCAGGUGCUACAGAUUAGAAUUUUCCCAGGGAGGUCCGUGGUCAGAGCUGCAGUCUUACAGCUGGCAGGAGUUCUUCAGACACCUACAUAGGGCUCAUUUUCCAAUUUCCAAACCAAAAAAAGUCCCUAAAAUGGACUCUUUUUCUGUAAUCCGUCAUUAAUUACACUACAGACAUGCAAGUUCUCUAGCAUUGUACAGCUUAGUAUUUUUACAAGCAGUUCAGCUCAGUGCAGCAUCUAAUGCUAACAAGACAUUUCAGUGUAGCUAAAAGACAAAUAUUGUAACCUUUCCUCUCCUGGCAAAGAACCUGUUGAAUAUUCAGAUCAUAAAAAUUAGCUUUAAGGUGCUUGAGGAGCAGAGACUCUGCAUUAUUGUUUCUCUGAAAAAGCUUCCAGGCUUCCUUUGGGUUUGAUAUAGACAGUGCACUUGAUACUUAACAUUUGUGCAGGGUUACUCAUUGAGCACUUUUUUUUUUUUACUCUUUUGAAGCAAUUUCUGGAAGAUCUGAUGCAUACCACGAUGUCUUUGCUCGCAGACAACUGUUGGAGCAAAAGUAGUCACUACAUUAUUUAGAAAACCUUUUUAUCACACAUACUGUCUGUGAUCAAAUGUAAUAAUGAAACUUAAAGCAGUCUCAGACUAAUAAAAUGAUUAGUCUGCCUUAAAGUUGUUAUUUUCUAAAGAGCGUUCAAAAGGGAAUAUGCCAUUUUGUAUAUAGAUUUUGGUGCUGAAUACAAUAAUGAAAAUGAAUUUGAAUCUUUUGACACUAAUGUAAAAAUGCUUCCAGUAAGCUGUGGAAACAGUGACUCUGAGAAGGGGAGUGAAGGACUGAAGGAUGAGCUUUGAGUUCUUUGAAGUUACUGCCAACCGAAACACCACUGUGAAUGUUUAACUCUGUUCAGAGUACGGGUGGCCAGUGAUCAAUAAACUGGCUGCUAAAACACAUUAGUGAAUGAUCGGCAGCGGAAUAAAAAAUGUGGAAUCUACUCUCAGUGUAAUGGAGGAGUAAUUAGAUUAAAGGAAUAACGUCAUUGUGUCUGAAGAGCCUCAUGGCUCUGAAGUCAUUGAGCCACUAAGAGAGGAUGGACUGAUGCAUAGUAAUCAAUGCACAAUGCUAGGUUUUCUACCUGGAUCAAUGCAUUUAAACUUACAGGGAACACACACACACACACACACACACACACACACACACACACACACACACAAUGGAUGUCUGUUUUGUGAAUCCUAUUAAUCAGCAUGUUGUACGUCACUGUUAAUAAAUGACCACAGCUCUGUUAUUUUCCGUGUUUGUAGACAUUGCAAAUUGUGCAUCCUCUGAUCUGCAAAAAUUAAAGUCAUUAUGCAGC